UACCGAAACUAAUAAAUAGCAAUUUAUUUUAUAUUAACAAGAACAAGUAGUUGAGUUUGAGAGUAACUCUGCAUCAUUACAGAAGAUUGCAGCAGCUGAUAUUUUGAUUUUUUAGAUUGUGUUUGAACUUGUAGAAAUUAAGUGUGAACCAUCUAGUGAAAACUCUUAAAGAAUAGUUCAUAUUCUUAAAGAUAUUUGUUUGAAAAAUGACAUCUCAGGCUCCACCUUAUCCAGGUUUUAAGCCUGAGCUUGGUAUGCCUCCAGCAUACCCGCAUCAACAAAUGCCUUAUCCACCUCAACAACAAAUGGCAUAUCCUGUACAAUACCCAGGAUAUCAGCCUGUACAGCAACAGGGCCAGUAUGCAAACCCUGGAUACUCCAAUCCUGCAGAACCACAUCCUGCAACAAAUCAAUAUGCACCUCCUCCAGGAGGACAACCUGCAAAUUAUGGUGCUUAUGGGGCUCCUCCAAUUCCUAUAAUGCCCAUGCGCUUACCUUUGGUAGAUUCCGCAGAUUCCUCUUCUAACAAAGAUGAUGAUUUGCCAGGAUUUAUUAAAUUUACUGAUAAAGCCAUACGAGCAGCAUUCAUACGUAAGGUUUACCUGAUCAUUAUGUUGCAACUUUUAUUCUCUCUAGGAGUAAUUUGCUUGUUUGUAUUUGAGAGAAAUGUGAAACUUUUUGUGAGGCAGAAUUAUGCGUUUGUUUACUUAGCCUACUUCAUUUUCUUAGCAGUUUACAUUGCUUUGGCUUGUUGCAGCGGAUUGAGGAGGAACUAUCCAUGCAACAUGAUCAUGCUGUCAGUUUUUACCAUGGCAAUGAGUUAUAUGCUGGGAACUAUCUCAAGCAUGUAUGAUACGCAAGUUGUCUUAUUGGCUGUUGGAAUAUGUGCUGGAGUCUGUCUUGGAGUAUCAGUAUUUUCUUUCCACACGAAGUUUGAUUUCACAUCAUGUGGAGGUGUGCUUUGUAUUUUAGUCUGGGUUCUUUUCCUUUUUGGAAUAAUUUGCAUUUUCACCUACAACACGAUCAUGACUACAAUUUAUGCUGGAUGUGGUGCACUUCUGUUUACUGUGUUUUUGGCUUAUGAUACUCAAAUGCUUAUGGGAGGUAAAAAGCAUGAGCUGAGUCCUGAGGAACACAUCUUUGCCUCAAUGCAAAUUUAUUUGGAUAUUGUUAACAUAUUUAUCUUCCUGCUUUCUAUCCUUGGCUCGGGCAGAAGUAACUAAUUGCCAUAAUUAAAUUCUACAGAUUUUGCAUUGAGAUUUUUAGAAUAAUGAUGUGAUGUUCCAUGUAUUGAUACCGUUAAACAGUGACAUAUAUGUAUAUAAUGGAAUUAUUUCAUUUUGAGUCUUCUGAAGUUCUGAGACAUUAAAGUUAUAAAUAUUUUUUUUUUCAGUAUUUGUGAUAAAACUUUAUUUUAGCAAAAUAUUGCUUUUAUGCUUAUUUUGAAAUAAGUAUUCUUUUCUCUGUCUUGUAACUUAACAUUGUGAUAUAUGUAGUUGUAAUUAUUUUACGUAUGAAAACAUUUAUAAUUGGUGUGUUAACGUAUGAUACACGAUUAUAUUACUCUUGUUACAGUUUUUAGUUUUAUUAUUCAUAAUACCUAAGAAUAGUUGUCGCAUUGUUCAUAAGCUUAAUCAGUUUAAUUUCUCAAAGUUAAUAGCAGAUCUCAGAUCAAUAAAAUCAGAAUCUUUAAUCAUUUUAGUUUUGAAAAUAAAUUCAAAAUUAAUAUUUUGCUGUUGCUGGUAAAUUUUAAAUGGGGCAGAAAAAAAUUGAGGUUAGCUUAUUGACAUUCUACCUUGUUAUUAUAUUAAUUUUUGUACAUUGUUACUUGUUAAUUUGAAAUGAGUAAGGAUCCCUUAAUAAUAACAAUAUCUCCAUUAAAAACAGAUUUUUUUUAAGAGGAUAAGAGCAUAUAUUUAGACAUAACAUGUAUAAUUUCUCAUGAGUGGUUUUCAUCUUUAUAGAAUUUUAUCAGUUUAAAUUAUUAACAAACUGUUGCUGAUAAUUAAAACUGUUUAAAAUCACACUUUUGAAAAUUAAUUUUAAAAUUUUUUUUUAUUUGUUUGUAUACUGUUGCUGAUUAAUUUUAAAAUGAUCAAGUGUAAUGUAAAUAUUGUAAUUAUAAAAGUCUAGUAAUUGUAAUGAUUGUUAAAGAAUAAUGAAAACUUUAUUUUAACGUCCUAGAUACUCAAUUAUUAGUUGUCAACAGUCGUAAUCAAUAAAAAGAUUAUUUUCGAUUAUCCUAUUGAAAUUGAAAUCAUACUUUGAAAAAUGUAUUUGAAAUAAGUAAAGGAAAAUACCCAUAUUACUAACUGUCACUAUGUUAAAAACAGUAUUUAUUUCUGUGAGGAUAUUAAUAUGCUUCUUGACUUACGGCAUAAUUUCUAAUGUGUUGUUCAUAAAGUUUUAUUUAUUAAAGACUAUAUAGUAAAAAGUAAACAUAAGUGAUGUAAAUUCAGGCAUGUGAUUUUUCUGAUAAUGCGCGUAAUUCCGUGAAUCUCAAGACUAUUAUUUUGUGGACUUCCACGAAUCGAAAAUUUAUGUUUCAAAAAAAAGUUUUUUGGUAUUCUACUAAUCUCAAUUUUAAAUUUCCCAAAAUACUGUUAACAACACAUUUCUAUCUCUUUUACCAACAUCCUCCUUUUUAUAUAUAUAUAUCUGAUAUAAUCCUUGUUUUAGCAAUUUUUGAGAGCAAAACAUAACUAGAAUAAACAUCUUAUUUGAAAAAAAA